AUGGAACUGUUGAAAUCAAUUACAGAAUAUGAUAAAAAAAAACUUGAAGAUUUAACUGCAGCAGUUACUGCAGCAUUUGAAAUACAACAGUGUCCAUUAGGUGAAGAUGUUUUACAAGAAAUUAAAGAAGGUUAUGAUUCAGAUGAACAAGCUAAAGAAGUUCAUGAAAUAUUGUCGAAUAUUUUACCAGUACCUAAGCUGCAAUUUUCCUCAAAUCCAUAA